AUGACAUUCUUGUUUAAUGGGAAAGCUCAGGAAUUCAUCGACAUAUACACUGGAUGUCGCUCCAGAAUGAACAAGUUCCUAACAGGUCUAAAAGAGACUGAGAAUAAGUUGGAUAAACUGGAGACGGGGUCCAGAAUUUCCACUGUGACUGGGAGUUCGGUAGGCGUUGCAGGAGGUGCCUUGUCCAUCACAGGCCUGGCUCUUGUCCCUGUCAGUGGAGGAUUAUCCCUGGCCCUCACAUUUACUGGGAUUGGACUGGGUGUCUUAAGUGGAAUCACCAGAGUAGUCACAGACAUCAAUAAAAUGGCUAAGAAGAAGAAGCACGGGAAAAAGGCCAACAAUAUCUUUGAGAGUUUUAAGGAGGAUGUGGAUAAGGUCCUAGAUUGUCUAGAGCAGACAGGUAGAAGUCAGCGUCCUGCACCACAUGUGGAUGAGGGUAAUAUAGCACUUGGGGCUGUGAAAGCAAUAGGCACGACUGGGGCAGUGGUCAAAGGCGUUAAAGAUAUGGUCCAGAAAGGGCAGGCUUUGAGCGCUAUGGACGGUGUACGGACGGGUAAGAAGUUAGUCUGUAUGGGACUUAAAGAAGCUAAAGUAGCCCAGAAAAUCCCCAUUGGAGACAUAGUAAAGGUUUCUUCUCAAUUCAUUUCAAAAGCAGCCAGAGUUGGGGCUGUUGCUAUAAAUGUUCUGUUUAUUGGUAUCGAUCUUAAGACCAUCUAUAAUGAAUGUAAGAACCUGGACCAAGGGAAAAAAAGCAAAGCAUCUCAGCUCAUCUUCUCUAGGUCAGCUCUGUGGCACUCCGAGAUGGAGGCGUGGGAAAAGAUCCAUGACUCUCUGUUCAAAGGAAAAGAGACAUUCGAGAGGAACCUGGAAAUUCUAGACCAGCAAUUUUACUGUUAA